AUGCAAUCUUCUGAUCCUAAAAGCAAAAAACUCAGUUUCAUCAAUGAAUUUUUGAAGAAUUACAUGGUUUUCAGCUCUUACGCAGAUGUAACUGCGAGCAAUUCAUAUAUUCAAAUGCGCACACAAGCAAAGAUAAGUUUGAAAUUAUGGAACGCAAAUGAAGAGAGGCGGUAUUCGAAAAUCCUCAUACGAGUGUCAUUUCGAACUGUGGACUACGACGGCGUUGCGGUGGCUUACGGCGGCGAGGCGAAGCAAUUUUAUUCGUUAAAAUUUUCAGAGUUCGUGCGAAACAAAAUAAAACAAAAUGACUUGGGAUUUGGAGUCCCGUAA